AUGUCUCUGAUACAAUUUGGAAGUACCUGUGUUGCUCAGUGGAGUAUUCGAGCUUAUUAUCCGAGCAGAGUCGAAUCAAGUCGACAACAAAACUCCAUGAGCCAAAUAAAUUGUUUGGGAGCUUCAAGGUCGAGUAUCUUCUCAUCACAUGGCUCCUUGCCCUUCUUGUCGAUGACGGGAAUGUCCAGAGAUAUGCAUCCUCGCAGAGGAGCUCGCUUCACUGUUAGAGCUGAUGCAGAUUACUAUUCGGUACUCGGAGUUUCGAAAAAUGCAACCAAAUCUGAGAUUAAAAGCGCUUAUCGGAAGCUGGCUAGGAAUUACCAUCCGGAUGUGAACAAGGAACCUGGUGCAGAAGAGAAAUUCAAAGAAAUAAGUAAUGCAUAUGAGGUCUUAUCAGAUGAUGAAAAGAAGUCUCUUUACGAUAGGUUUGGUGAAGCCGGAGUUAAAGGCGCUGGUGGAAUGGGAGGCAUGGGGGAUUUUAGUAAUCCGUUCGAUCUAUUCGAGUCAUUAUUCGAAGGCAUGGGAGGGAUGGGAGGAGGAGGUGGAAUGGGGAGAGGUUCAAGAAGCAGAGCCGUGGAUGGUCAAGACGAGUACUACACACUGAUCUUGAACUUCAAAGAAGCUGUUUUCGGGAUGGAGAAAGAGAUUGAGAUAUCCAGGCUCGAGAGCUGCGGGACUUGCCAAGGCUCAGGCGCGAAACCGGGAACCAAACCGACCAAAUGCACCACAUGCGGUGGUCAAGGCCAAGUGGUCUCAUCAGCAAGAACUCCUCUCGGAGUGUUCCAACAAGUCAUGACUUGCUCGUCAUGCAACGGCACUGGAGAGGUCUCGACGCCUUGUGGUACUUGCUCAGGAGACGGACGCGUGAGGAAGACGAAACGGAUAAGCCUCAAAGUACCGGCCGGGGUUGACUCCGGUAGCCGGUUAAGAGUGAGAGGAGAAGGCAACGCCGGGAAGAGAGGCGGGUCGCCGGGAGAUCUGUUUGUUGUCAUAGAGGUCAUACCAGACCCGGUUUUGAAACGGGACGAUACUAACAUACUCUACACCUGCAAGAUAUCGUACAUAGAUGCGAUUCUAGGGACGACCUUGAAAGUGCCGACGGUGGACGGGACGGUGGAUUUGAAAGUACCGGCGGGGACACAGCCGAGCACGACGCUGGUGAUGGCGAAGAAGGGAGUUCCCGUGCUGAACAAGAGUAACAUGAGAGGGGAUCAGUUGGUGAGAGUGCAGGUGGAGAUACCAAAGAGACUGAGCAAAGAAGAGAAGAAGCUUAUUGAGGAGCUUGCUGAUAUGAGCAAGAACAAGACUGCUAAUAGUAGUAGAUGA